AUGUCGGAGGCCGCUCCCAUACUACCUGCGAUCUCUGUCGAUAUUCCACUGGCAAAGUUCAAGAAGAUACGCAACUGGGAUCCCAGGAAGGAGCCGAUGCCGAAGCGAGAGCCCCCUGGUCUUAAGGAGAAAUUGUUUGAUUCCUACUUCACUGAAUUUACCGCCUUUUACCUCCAUGUCGCAAACCUCAUGGAAAUGGACCACAGGGCAACUGUUGCCCAAGGUGUCGUUUACGACACGGAGGAUGAAGGCACCCUGAAAGUACUUUUCGACCGCAUCGUAUAUCUGGAGGGAGAGUGGAGAGAAUCAGUGAAGACCAAGGAUAGACUUCACGCUCAGGGGUUUUCUCGUGAGAUCUCGGAGACAGUGAAGGCCUAUGACUCUCGUCGCCGGGCAAGCAGCCGAAAGGCCUACAAACUCUUGCAAACUAAAGUCGCCCUCAGGUCGCCAGGAUAUAGGAUACUUCUCAAGAAGAGACGACUGGAAGCGUCGCUUUUCUAUGCAUUCCACAGGAUCCAAAAGUUCAACGCCGACUUCAACGAGGAUGUUGUGGCGGACUUCGCAAGGUGGAUGAGAAAUGUCUCACGCCAGAAACCCGUAUUCUGGCUCCGCGGCCAUGACAGAUGCGGCAAAACGGUGAUCACCUAUUACUUCGCCCAGAGGUGCAAAGACAAUGCAGCCCUCGCCGCUAGCUACCGCUUUACCGACAACAUCAACUUCGAGGAGUUUCAGACCGACUUCAUCGCCAGUGUAGUCGGCGAGAUGUCGAGUUACCUGGGAGAUUCCUUCUCCGAGUCGCUUGCCAGGCUGACAGACAAACUCGACUUAGCGAACCCGGUCGUCGAACGCGAGUUCUUAUCCCGGCCAUUGAAAGACCAAUUAAACGAGCUGGUCGUCCCUGCGUUCAACGCUCUUCCCGAGGACGAGAAACGGCCCCUCCUUGUGGUCUUAGACGGAAUAGAGCGAUGCGGUGAUCCGGAGUGCUGGGCAUUGGCGUCGUUGUUCGACUUCAUCACGGAGGCGAUGGCGAAACUUCCCAUUUGCUUUUUUAUCACCAGUUCGACAAGCUCACCAAAGGCAGGCAAGAUUAACCGGUUCUUUACCGAGACUCCUAUUGCUGCUCAAGUUGCAGGACGCGAAAUUGCGUACGACCCAAUGAAAACCCCGAAGAGAGCGACCUUUCCGAGUAAUUUGUACACCGACGAUUCCGAUGACUCGGACCCUGAGUGGGAGUAG